AUGACGGACACGUCUGCUGGCACUUCACUGGCUGCUCAUUUUGCGGCCAAGCGUCGGAUCUUCGUGACUGUCAAGCAGAUGAACGAGCGAGGCGAGGAGAUUGAAGAAGCCACUCGUGAAGAGAUGGUGGAAGCGGCCAGCAAGUCAGCAGAGACGGCGUUCAAGUUCGAGUUUGCCACUAUAACGGACCAAGCUCCUGGGACCAAGUGCAAGAGGACUCGCAAACGGAUGAAAAGGAAGCAGAAGCGACGAGCUCAAGGAGAACAAGAGGACGACAAGAUGCUGGAGCUCGAGACUGUGGACGUCAAUAGAGCACCACUUGACGUUGGACUCGAGACGGUCAUUCUGCCACAAGGUCCUGCAAAAGACAUGGAGAGGAGGAGGAGGAGGAACUCAAGUAAAGGGCAGCAGCAGGUUCAAGCAGGACAGGUUCAGGCGGCGAAAGGCGCGCCAUUUGUGAAACUCCGCAAAGCGACAGGCACAGAGAGUGAAGUGGCCAAGAUGCACUUGCGAUAUGGUCAGGGACGUCGAAAUCCAGCGGCGACGAAGCAACGACAGCAGCGUCAAAAAGCAGGGAAGGUCGCUGCAGGUGCGACGCGUGACUUUAAAUUCAACUUUUUGACGAUGUUGUGA